AUGUCUGACUAUUCGGCUUGGACGACAAGCCAAGACGGCAUCAGAGUUCCACCACUUCAGCCAAUUCCGUCAGACAUUGUCAAACCCGACGAUGCGCUUUGCGAUAUCUGUCAGACCCAAAACUUUAUCGACCUAGGCAAGAUCAUUGACGUCCGUAACCGACCAAACUGUCCCUUCUGCCGCCUUGCGCUAGCAGCUAUUGGCGGUUCUCGUGUUCCAAAUGAGAAGAACGGCGAGCCCGUUAACCUCGAGGUUAGCGUUAUGACGAACGAUGAACCCGGCGAAAAUAGAAACACGCGGUCAACACGCGUCCUAAUGCCCUCGGCCUCAGCAGGUGAUCAAUACGUCGACGAGGCUGCAGUGUUCCCUCAGAUAGUGCUUGUGGCCAACGAUCACCCCGCGGCCGCGACAUCCCUGAUUCGUCCUGUCUGUAGGGAGAAAAUUGACUUCACGAUGGUGAGCAACUGGAUUGAUAUAUGCGAGGCCCUGCAUGGAGAUGAGUGCAGGAAAAGACCAGGCAUGGAUGAUUUCCCAGAGCAUCCUGCAACAAUUCUGAGUGAAUUUCGCCUUAUCGAUGUCGAGCUGGGAUGCCUAGUUAAUGGAACGAGCGACUGCAAGUAUGUCGCACUGAGUUAUGUCUGGGGUCGGGCUAACGUUCUACUUGCUGGCUCCAAUAACAUCGAACGUCUCGAGAAGCCCGGCGCCUUCAAUACACCAGAGUUCAGAGCUCAAGUACCUCAGACCAUCAAAGAUGCUAUGCAGGCCACUAGGGGAAUAGGCAUCCGAUAUCUAUGGGUAGAUGCGCUAUGUAUCAUCCAAGACGAGAACUACAAGGAGAAAUUGCCGCACAUCAAGCAGAUGAAUCGCAUCUAUGAGACAGCAGAGCUAGUCAUCGUGGCUAUGUCCAGCAGCGACGCAGGGUCUGGGCUGCCAGGCGUGCGCCCCUGGACGCGCGAUGUCGACCAACACAUCGAGCAGAUAACGCCCCAGCUCCGACUCGGCCUCCGAACUUCGUACGGGAAUGACAGUGUCGGACGCGUCUACCAGACUCGCGGCUGGACGUACCAGGAAACUUGCUUCGCCCGUCGGCAACUGAUAUUCACAGGGGGCCAAGUCGUUUUUGAAUGCAAGUAUGCCAGCAACUGGAGCGAGGACAGGGUCGUCGAGGACCGGAGUUACGUCUUGCACGAGACCGAGAACGGCGGAUCAUCGAGCUGGGACGGCGACGACGACAUACGAUCCUACGAAGCCCCCGUCCAGAAUUACUCUGACCGCACGCUGUCCUUCCCUAGCGACAUAUACAAUGCAUUUGCGGGAGUCGCGCAGCGCAUACGGGACCUACUAGGGACGGACUUAUGCCAUGGGAUCCCGCCACAGUACUUCGACUGGUGUCUUCUCUGGGACCCAUUGAACAAGCCCACACGCCGCCAGGGAACGCCGAGUUGGUCUUGGAGUGGCUGGGAGGGGGGCGUGUUCCCGCGUAUUUGGGAUUGGUAUAAUCCCAAGACGCGCCGUAUCCAGAAUGCGCUUAAGGCGCGGACAUGGAUUAUCUGGUACCAGCGUGCCGCGCACGACUCGACCGAGUGUAGGCUUGUCUGGGAUUCAAGACCGAGAGAUGAAAAGGCUCGUGAUGCAAGAAACUUCUACGGUGGAAAGGUUCGGACUAGAUUCUCGAUGGACUGCUCGCGGACGCAGCCAACAAAGCGAAGAGUAACAGGGGCAGCGUCUUACUAUCCAGAUAUAUUAUGCGAUACACCAGGCUCUGGAUUUCUACAAUUCUGGACGGUGUCAGUGCAGUUCCAGCUCGACAAAUCUGUAUCUGAAGCUGGUCACAGUUGGCUCCGCGGACACACUGUCCUGGGCAUCUUUGGUAGUAACAAGCGAGAGCUAGGGACUAUUGCGGUUGCCGACGCGUGGUUAGCUGAAUCCCCCAGUCUUCCUCUCGCACGAGAGUUUAUAUUGCUGUGCGAAGGGAGAGACGAGAGACCAGAUGACGGUGAAUAUGAUGCAGAGCCCGGUUGGAAAUACAAGGUCAUGCUCCUUGAGUGGCAUGGCGACUAUGCGGAGCGCGUCGCUGUAGGAUCGAUCAACAAGGGCCAUGAGCUGGAGGGCUCACCGACGUGGAAAGAGAUAAUUCUCGGGUAA